AUGGCUUCAAUUUCUUCUAGCUUUGGAGAAACUGAUCAGGUUUUAGUGGAAGAGAAAUCCUCUGCAAAAAUCUUCACUCUGAACAGGCCUAAACAACUCAAUGCUGCUUCUUUUCAAAUGGUAUCCCGGCUGCUGGAUCUUUUUCUUGCUUGUGAGGACGACCCUUCUGUCAAAUUGAUAAUUUUGAAGGGAAAAGGAAGAGCUUUCUGUGCUGGAGGUGAUGUAACAGCCGUUGUUCGUGAUAUUACUCAAGGUAAUUGGAGACUUGGAGCUAAUUUUUUUGGAAGGGAGUUCAUCUUGAACUAUGUGAUGGCUACAUACAGCAAACCCCAGGUUUCAAUUCUCAAUGGAAUUGUCAUGGGAGGAGGAGCUGGUGUUUCAAUACACGGUAGAUUCCGUGUCGCUACAGAGAAUUCGCUUUUUGCUAUGCCUGAAACAGCUUUGGGACUUUUCCCAGAUGUUGGUGCCUCUUACUUUUUGUCAAGACUCCCUGGAUUCUUUGGAGAAUACGUCGGUCUGAUAGGUGCCAAAUUGGAUGGUGCCGAGAUGCUUGCAUGUGGUCUAGCAACUCACUUUGUUCCGUCAGAGAAACUAUCAUUAUUAGAAGAUGCACUGUGUAAAGCAGAUUCUAAUGAUCCAGCAAUUAUUUCUGCCACUAUCAGUGAGUUCUCGUUGGUACCAAAUUUGAAAGAAAGGAGUCAUUGCCACAGGUUGAAUGUCAUCAAUAAAUGUUUUUGUCGGAGAACAGUUGAAGAGAUUAUAUUAGCCCUCGAAAGGGAGGCUGCUGACAAGGAGGAUGAAUGGAUCUCUUCAACACUUCAAUCAUUGAAGAAAGCGUCCCCUACCAGCCUUAAAAUUUCUCUUAGAUUAAUUAGAGAAGGGAGGCUCCAAGGCAUAGUUAAAUGCCUUGUUCGAGAAUAUGGACUGGUUUGGACUGUCAUGCGCGGAGAAAUAAACAAGGACUUUUUUGAGGGAUGCAGAGCCAUACUGUUGGACAAGGAUAAGAAUCCAAAGUGGGAACCCUCCAAGCUGGAGCAAGUCACUGAGGAUAUGGUUGACCGCUACUUCUCGAAGAUAAAUGACGAGGACUGGGAAGAUUUAGAUCUCCCAAGAAGGUCGAACAUUCCUCCACAUGCUAUUGCUAAACUCUAA